ACCCUAAACCCUUAACUUACUCCAACUCAUUGAUAAUUCAAUUCUCUGUAUAUUUUCUCAAUUUGCUUUAAAUUACUGAUUUUGGUUUCUUUCGAAUUAGAAUCAGCGAUGGACGUUGACCAUUACAGCGUCCUGGGAUUACCUUCUGGCGACGAAGGAGCCAAUUUGACGACAAAAGAAAUUACCAAAGCUUAUAGAGAAAAAGCCCGCGAUCUUCAUCCCGACAAACGGAAAGACGAUCCAAACGCCCAUGAAAACUUCAUAAAGCUCAAAUCUUCCUACGAAAUUCUCGUCGAUGAAAAAGCCCGAAAGCUCUUCGAUGAUCUACUCCGCGUGAAACGUGACCAGCAACGCCGUUUUGCUCAGCAAGACUCCAAGCGACGGAAAAUGAUGUCGGAUUUGGACGAUAGAGAACGUGCCUCGUUUGCCCCUGAUCCCAUUGUCAAGGCUAAAGAGGAAGAGGAGAGAAUUGCCAGGAAAUUGAAGGAUGAGAUUGCGAGGAUACGUGAAAUGCACGCGAAUAAAGGUGCGAGUAUGGGGACAGGCUCGGGUUCGGGCUUGAAUCAAGGGAAUAGUGGGGGUGGGGGGUUGGAUAAAGAGAAGGUUUUGAAGGUUUCUUGGGAGAAAAUUGGGGACGAUUAUACCGCGGAGAAGUUAAGGGAAUUGUUUUCCAGGUUUGGGGAAGUUGAGGAUGUUGUAGUCAAGAGUUCAAAGAAAAAAGGGUCUGCUCUUGUUGUCAUGGCUACUAAAGAGGCAGCUGUUGCUGCCACAGGAAAUGUUAGUGGGAGUCUAUCCAAUCCUUUGCUAGUUGUGCCCCUUAAACCGGCAAUAGCCCCAGAGUUUCCAGCUAUGCAGAAAGCCGAGGAAACUGAUCGUUUCAGUAAUUUGGUUGGGGCUGGUUACCAAGCUUUUGAAGAUGCUGUUCUCCAGAAACUGAAAAAGGCUGCCGAAAAACAAAAAAAAUGACAAUUCAAAUGCCUUUGGGUAGAAAUUCUCUUAUGCAUCAGUGGCGUAUGAUCCACAGAAAUUUUUAUGUAAAGCUACUUAUGCAAAUCCUUGUCAACGUUUUGAUCCACAUGACAAUGACACUUCGAUGGGAGCACAGCUGUUUCUAAGGGCUCUCGAGGAUCCCUUUCCUCGAUACAAAGUUCACCUAUAUCCUAUCUGAUUUGGAAUAUAUCACUCAGCUAAUGAAUUGUAAGUUCUUUGGCUCUAGAACCAACAGAUCAACUGUCAUCCUGGAUAAUUGCAUUGUAGAAAAUGUUCUAAUGACCUUUUGUAUAAAACAUUAUGCUUAAUUCUUAUAUUGUAAAAAAUUUAAGUAGUUUAAUUGUCAUGGUUAUUCAUAUCUUUUUAGUUCGAAGGAUUUGCCAUUGGAAUUUGUAUCACCUGCUACAUUUUCAACUCCAAGCUUCAAUUGAUGAUUGAUGCUCAAUACUCGAAAUUACUUGAUUGUUAUAAUUGGGAUUAUUCAGGAAUUUGCUUCCAUUCCUAUUUGAUUAAUCUGGUCAUGUUGUUUUUCUUCUUGGGUAAUCCUGUAUAUAUUUAUAGCCAUUACUAUAUUAUACCAGCAAAACACAAAGUCAGGAUUGCAUCAUUCUUCAAACACCUCUUUAAUAGGUGGACCAAUAUAAGGGUGUUAAAAUUUUUUAGGGGUGACAAUGUCUAGAGUUGCUCAUAGUCCGGGUCAAGUCGGUUCGGGUCAAGUUUAGUAUAUUUUAAUAUUU